CACUUGUAAACCCCUCUUUAUUUAUCCCUCCUCACCUAAACCUCACAUUACUUCAGUACUGCUCAUUCAUUCUUUCUAAACCCCUCAUUCUACUUUGGUUUGGACAAUCUAUUUGAACAUCAUUUGAUUCCCUUCACAAUGGCUGAGCUUUCAAACUCUAAUGACCCGAACAUGAAAAUUAGUAAAAGGGAUAGAGAACCGGCGAAAGCGGAUAACCAAAACAAGAGUAAGCAUCCAGUUUAUAGAGGCGUUAGGAUGCGAGCAUGGGGCAAAUGGGUAUCCGAGAUCCGAGAACCAAAAAAAAAGUCUCGGAUCUGGCUUGGUACCUUUUCUGACCCUGAAAUGGCGGCCCGUGCACAUGACGUGGCUGCACUUUCCAUAAAAGGAUCGUCGGCAAUACUUAACUUUCCAGAACUGGCCGAGUUAUUACCUCGGCCAGCCACGUGUUCCCCACGUGAUGUUCAAGCUGCAGCUACAAUAGCUGCGGCUAUGAACCAUCUUAACCCAUUACCAUGCACACCAUCCACGUCAUCCUCAUCAUCCACCUCAUCCUCCUCUGACAUCUCUACUGUAAUGUCGAUGUCAGAGGAGGUGUCGACCAGGUCAUCCCAAGACGAUGAUUUGGAUGAGAUAGUGGAAUUACCAAGUCUAGGAGAGAGUUAUUAUGACUCAGGUGAGUCAAGAAAUGAUUAUGUGUUCGUUGACUCGGGGUGGGACUACUACUCAUUGUCGACACCGUGGACGGAUUGUGAUGGUGGAUAUUUCGCCGGAGAGCCAUUGGCUAUAUUACCUUCCUCUUCUUCUGACACCUAUUUUUCUGAGGCAUAUUCAUGGCAACAUUAUUAGAAGUAGUUAAAAAAUAUAUAUAAUUUUGUGUGAUAAUAUCCUUCUUAAUUUGAAAGUUGGUUUGGGUCCUUUUUACAUUAUUGGAAGUUUUUUGGUUUCAAUACAGAGGAAGGGCCAAAAUAUAUAGCUUAUAUUAUUAUUGAUGUAUUCUCCAAGUUUUUUUUCUUUUCAUUUGUACAACUAUUAAUUAUAAAGAUGUGUAUUAGUUUAAAGAUUAAA